AGCUUGAAAUUGUUUUGAAAGUCGGCAGCAAAUAUAAAUUGCGAUAGGAAAUGUUUUAUUCAUAAAAUUAAGCAGGUUUUGUGGUGGCUUUAACACAGUUGACUACCUGGAAGUGUGUGGUAUACGUUUAUGAUAGUUUUAUAACUUUACGGGAAACGGAGAAAGCAUGUUGCUAUUUUGUCCUACCUGUUCAAACGUUUUGUCCGUUGAAGAAUCUACGGGAAAAACACUGUACAGAUUCGCUUGUCCAACUUGUCCGUAUGUUUAUAACAUCUCUAAAAAGGUUGGAAGCAAAGUUUAUCCAAAAUUAAAAGAGGUAGAUGAUGUACUUGGUGGCAAAGCAGCGUGGGAAAAUGUCGACUCCACCCAAGAGCGGUGUCCGAAGUGUGAACAUGAUCGAGCCUAUUUCAUGCAAAUGCAGACACGUUCUGCGGAUGAACCCAUGACCACCUUCUAUAAAUGUUGUGAUUGUGGCCACAGAUGGAAAGACUGAUGAAACAUACAACAUAC